AAACUUUGGUUGGUCCUCGACUAUGUUACCCCGGCGGCUUCAACACUUUGUAUGUGUGUCAUCAGUAUUGACAGGUAUUGUCUGGUGGUUUAUCCAUUAGUUUAUAAAGCAAGACAGACCCGCAAAGUCCAUCUAAUGAUGAUUCGCGACAGAAAGGCUGCUAAGGCAUUAUUUAUUCUCGUGUUUUGCUUUGUUGUAUGCUGGUUGCCGUUUGAAGUUAUGUCCAUGUUGUCCAGUGUCUGGCCAUUUGCUAUUAACCCUACACUUUGUAUGUGUGUCAUCAGUAUUGACAGGUAUUGUCUGGUGGUUUAUCCAUUAGACAGAAAGGCUGCUAAGGCAUUAUUUAUUCUCGUGUUUUGCUUUGUUGUAUGCUGGUUGCCAUUUGGACCCAGUUCAGUAUGA